GGCGCAAUAGGUCAGGCGCAUUUAGGUUUCGUUUUCCAAUCGCACUAAUAUAUAAUAAACUGCGCGUCUCGGCGCAUGAUAAUGCAAAUACAUGAAGCCCACAGGCGACUUAACCUUUAUUCCUGUCAUUGAUUUCUGAAAGAAAAAAAGGUUAUAGUUAUUUUACAUUAUUUAUAUACCUAUAUUCAACAUGGGAGUUCAGGGACUAAAGAGCUUCAUUGAGAAUAACCCAGGCAUUUUAAGUUAUUUGCCUUUUAGAGAUAGUAAACUCAUAAUUGAUGGAUGUAACUUUUACUAUAGCCUGUACUUUAACUCUGAACUGGAUCAGAUGCAUGGAGGAGAAUAUGAGGCCUUUGAAGAUUUGAUCACCCAGUUUAUCACCAACCUCAGAGACUGUGAUAUUCAGCCAUACGUUGUAAUCGACGGUGGGAGCGACCACACUGACAAAAAAUUUGAGACCCUCAAGUCACGAGCAGAGGAAAAAAUAAGAAGGGCCAGUGAUCUGUCUAUAGGCCGGAGGGGGACGUGUCUGCCACUUCAUGUUAAAAAUGUAUUCAGACAGACCCUCUAUAAACUCAAGGUGCCAUUUGUUCAAUGCACCGAAGAGGCCGAUUGGGAGAUUGCUGCUUUGGCUAACCAAUGGGAUUGUCCAGUUCUGUCCAAUGACAGCGAUUUCUAUAUAUUCAACCUCACGGCUGGACUCCUGCCUAUUGGACUAUUUUCCUGGAGAAAUAUAAGUGUGAACAGAGACACAAAGAAAAAAUACAUCCCAACCCAACAUUUCAUAUUCGACAGAUUAUGUGCAUCUUUCAAUCACAUGAACAAGGAUCUUCUGCCAGUCCUCGCAUGCAUUUUAGGCAAUGAUUAUGUGAAAUUGCAAAAUAUCUCAAGUAUCGCUUGGGAGGAGUAUUCAAAUUUUAGUGGGCACUUCGCCCGUAUUGAUGGUUUGUUUACCUGGCUCUCCAAGUUUCUAUGUCCAGAAGCAGCCAUUGAUGGUGUUCUGAAUUUCAUAACAGACAAUAAGGAAAAAUAUGUUGUCCGUGAAGCAUUGAUUGAAGGCAUCAAAGAGUACGAGCUCACCAAAGGUUCCCUUGCCCAAUUCUUCAACUCAAACACACCGAUAGCCUGUACAGGUCCACAGCGAGCCCUGCCUGCGUGGAUUCUGAUGCAGCUGCAUGAAGGAAAGAUAAACUCCUUCAUUGUUGAUGUUUUGGUAUUGAAAAGGAUUAUAAUGAAUCCUCAGGUUGAAGAUUUCCAGCAACCCAGUAGCAAUGAAACCUCACUGCCCUUACGACAGGUCGUGUAUGGUUUAUUAUUGUCGGGAGAACAACAAACAAGCACAGACAAGUGCUGUGUAACAGAGUAUGAAAGACAGGGAUUAACUCUUACUUGUUCAGAAGUUAAAGCUACUAAAGUAAAAGAAAGACUUCAACUGGAAACAUUAUGGAAGGAACCACACGCCUUCCGACUUCAGAUAUUCUUUGAAACUUUGGGUGUGUCGUCUGCAGUGUUAGGUAUUCCACCUGACCUGCGGCUCCAAGUGUACGCGACGCGUUACUGGCUGGUAAAUGCGCGGCCUCAGCCGAACCUGCUGCAUCUUUGGGGUCUCCUACUGGGGAUGGUCUAUGGACGGCUCAACAUCACGGCCAGGACACAAAUAGACAGACAGUUAAGGCAAAAAAGUCGAGGAAAAGUCUAUCUGGAUCAUGACGUGGCUCAUCUGUACAGCCAAUGGCAGUCCUGUCUGUGGUGGAGUCUCUGUCUCAAUCAGUUACUGUGUCGUCCACUUCCUGAACCAGAGUGUGCACGGUUGUACCAGGGAACGUUGGUUCACCAGGCUGCUCGGGAGUUCAAGAGAGGCAUCAAACCAGAGUCUCUGCUGGUGAAAGGCUCUGAAGCUGAGAAGCUAUUUAGACAGAUGAGAGAUGCGGUUUUGAGUUUGGUGGAUGAAGAUGAUGUCAGGAGAAUCAGUACCAGAUACAGGAACAGAGCUGUCGACAAAACACAGAGCGACAACAGAUGCAAGAAUCAGUCUGCGGAUGAACUGAGUAGCUUUGAGCAUAUAGAUAUUGAGGACUAUUAUGAUGAUGAUUAUUAUGAUGAUAAUGACGAUGGAAAAGAGAGGAAGGACCACAAAUCGGACAUGAACGAAUCUUUCCUCACCACCCGUACUAGACACAAGAGCAAAGCACGCAAUGCUGAUAAUCCCUCAAAGAAAUUUGAAAGGAGAUGCUUUGACUAAAUAUCUUUGGUAUCUUAGGUUUCCAAAUAGAUUUAAAUAACACUUGUGCUCAGGGAUGUACCGACAAUUAAAAGAUGAGACGGGGAACUUACCGAAAAUUAAUACUUUUCUCUUACAGUAUUAAGUAUUACAUUAAUACUUUUACAGUAAAGAAUUUGAACGAAAAGGUUGAAAGGCUUUGCAAGCGUGUUAAAAUACACAAGACUCAAAACUGUAGCAGUUUGAGAAAAUUACUUACCUUGUAAACGCAGUGUUAAUAUCUGCGACACAGAAAUAUAAGUUCAUUCACUGAGCUUUUACAAAAGGUUUAGAUUUAACAAUCUUCACAUGUUUAUCAUUAAUCGUAAAAUUGUACUCAAAGUGCAGUGUGUGGAUUUUAGCGGCAUCUAGUGGUGAGGUUGCGAAUUGCAAUCAACGGAUCAGUUCACCGCUCACCCCUUCCUUUCGAAACGAAUAGAGAAGCUACGGUAGCCACCACAGGACAAACACGUCAUCAUCAAACACACGCUCUGUAGAGCAGUUUGUCCAUUUAGGGCUACUGUAGAAACAUGGCGGUGCAAAAUGACGACUUACCUGUAGAGGACCCGCAUUGUAUUUAGAUAAACCUGUUUAUUCUAAGGUAGCAAAAACAUCUGGUUGAUUAUGUAAAGUUUUUAUACAGCAUUGAUAAUAUAGUUAUGUAUAUUACAGUAUGUUGCAUUUGUCAAGUGAUCCUCCAAAAAUGUACAUACUGCACUUUAAAGGGACACUCCAUUUUUUUCAUUGUGUACACAAUGAUAUUAUGCAGUGCCCAAAAGUAGUCCCCUGCUAUUGAAAGUUACUAAGGGGACUAUUUUGGCUGCUGCGUAAUAUCAUUGCGCCUUCUGCAGCCAUGUUACGGCAGCAAAGUCUUCGAUUAUUACGCCAGAAUGAGAGUAUAGUUCCUAGCUAUAUCUGCCUAGAAAUCGCAACUUUUAAUUUUCUUUCAGUCUUAGUACACAAUGUAACUACAGAAGAGUCAAGUUUUAAAUAGGAAAAAUAUCAAAACUCUGGUUAUUUUUUAGCGUGAUGCUAAUGGUCUAAUCAGAUUCAAUGGAUUAUGCUAAGCUAUGCUAAAAGUGGUACCGCCAGACCCGGAGAUCAGCUGAAUGGAUUCCAAAACAGUAAAAAUCAAAUGUUUAACUCUAGGGAAGCAGGAAAAUGAGCAUAUUUUUUAAAAAAAAGUGGUGUCCCUUUAAAACAAAAAAUCCAGUGUUAUUGAUUUUAAGCCUAUUUACAAGUUUUAACGCAUGUUGAAUGAUUAGACACUAAAUGCUAAUGCAUUCCUUGAUUCAGACAACUUUUUUAAUUUGAAUGAAUAUGAAUGUUAAACUUGUAGGGGCGGUUUCCCGGACAGGGAUUAGACUAGUCUUAGACUUAAACACUUUUAAGAGCUCUCCAAACUGAAAACAACUUGCACUGACAUAUCUUAAAAUGCAUCAAUGCCCUUUGUUUUACCUCAAAAUGCACACAGGUAAUGUUUUAAGUAAGGCAUGUUUGUUAAAACUAGUUAUAUUUCCUAAUUAAACUAAAGCCUAGUCCUGGCUAAUCCUGGUCUGAGAAACCGCUCCAUAGUGUUUUAACUUUUCUUGUACCUACCACAAAUUGUCAGAGGAAAUGGUCCCAAGCUGUCACUGGAAUGGGGCAGUACCCUUUAAAAAGUGUAUGUACCAUUUAGGUACAGAUAUGUAUACAUUUGGUACAAAUACGUAGAUGUAAUAUGAAGUAUUUAGGCACAAAGGUGUACUCUGUAAAUCAUUGAAUGUUUUCACAAAAUGCUUUUUUUCUUUUUUGCUUUUUUGAAAGAAGCCAGACUAAAAUAAUGUAUUUGUUAAAAUGAAUGCCAAGAUCACCGAACAACACUAAAUGUACAAAACGUUUAAACUUGUAAAAAUUUUAUUGUACAAUUGUGUUUUGAAAUGACCACAAUAUAUUACCGGUUUCAGUUGUGCAAACCACAAUAAAAUAAAUACAAUCUUGAAAAUACAAAAUAAAACUACUGAAAUAAG